AUGGAAACAAGAGAAGAUUUAAAUUAUGUAGAUGAAGAAAGCGAGCUGUCUUCUGGAGAAAUAAGCUCAAGCGACUUGGACCUGUCGCAAGAGCCCGUUGUACAUACACCCAGAAAGAGAGGAAGGCCUAAAGUGCAAGGAAAAGAAAAAACGCCAACGACGAGAGAAUCAUCACAAAGCUAUGUGCCCCCACCUGUAAAUACGUCAAGUGGAUAUGCCAGUGAGAUUGACGAAAUAGGUGAAACAAAAGUAGACAAGAAUGGUAGAUUACUCGGAGGUCGCGAAUAUAGAGUGCCUACAUUUACGUUGCCAACGCGAGGAGAAACAUUAUUUAUGUUUUCCAAAGACCCAGCAGCAUUACUUGGAUUUCGUGACAGUUUUGUAUUUUUGAAGAAGAAUGUCAAUUUGGUAAAAGUGCAUAUUGAUAACGCUGAGAAAGGGUAUUUAGUGGAUUCGAGACUGUUGCGAUCUACAUUUCGUACGCGUGAAAUAUCAGUUGUGACAGCUAGAUCAGUAUUUAAACAGUUUGGGCAUCGUGUCAUACGAAAGGGACGUAAAGGAAGAGAUGACUAUUUUUAUACAGAAGAAGUCGAUGAAGGCGAUGAUGAUGCACUGUCUGAUGAUGGCAUGAAGGAUUUGAAUGACAUGAAUUAUGGCAAUAACAAUAACAAUAGCAACAAUUAUAACAAAUCAAUGUCUACUGGAUCAGCAUGGGGAACAAUGAAUAGUGGCGCACAGUCAUUUCCAGCUGCUGUCAUGGGCAAAAAUAGUUUGCAACACAAGUCAACAAUACAGUAUGUCGAUGAAUUAAAUUGGGUACAUUGUGCAGCAGUUGCCGCACGUCAAUUUAAUAAUUCGUUGUUUAUGUAUCGUCGAUCUAACCCAACAACCUAUGAUUUACUCACCAAUGUGUAUCAAAUACCUGAAAACAAGCAAGCAUUUACAGAUAAUCAAGCCAUCAUCAAAAAAGAAUUAGAUAACAAUAAUAAUAGCAAUAAUACCCUUGAUAAUCCAUUCAUCUACUAG